AUGGUAAAUGAGGUAAUACCACUGGACACAACUUCUCUUCAGGUAAUACCACUGGACACAACUUCUCUUCAGGUAAUACUACUGGACACAACUUCUCUUCAGGUAAUACUACUGGACACAACUUCUCUUCAGGUAAUACUACUGGACACAACUUCUCUUCAGGUAAUACCACUGGACACAACUUCUCUUCAGGUAAUACCACUGGACACAACUUCUCUUCAGGUAAUACCACUGGACACAACUUCUCUUCAGGUAAUACCACUGGACACAACUUCUCUUCAGGUAAUACCACUGGACACAACUUCUCUUCAGGCAAUACCACUGGACACAACUUCUCUUCAGGUAAUACCUGGACACAACUUCUCUUCAGGUAAUACCACUGGACACAACUUCUCUUCAGGUAAUACCACUGGACACAACUUCUCUUCAGGUAAUACCACUGGACACAACUUUUCUUCAGGUAAUACCACUGGACACAACUUCUCUUCAGGUAAUACCACUGGACACAACUUCUCUUCAGGACCACUGGACACAACUUCUCUUCAGGUAAUACCACUGGACAAUACCACUGGACACAACUUCUCUUCAGGUAAUACCACUGGACACAACUUCUCUUCAGGUAAUCCCACUGGACACAACUUCUCUUCAGGUAAUACCACUGGACACAACUUCUCUUCAGGUAAUACCACUGGACACAACUUCUCUUCAGGUAAUACCACUGGACACAACUUCUCUUCAGGUAAUACCACUGGACACAACUUCUCUUCAGGUAAUACCACUGGACACAACUUCUCUUCAGGUAAUACCACUGGACACAACUUCUCUUCAGGUAAUACCACUGGACACAACUUCUCUUCAGGUAAUACCACUGGACACAACUUCUCUUCAGGUAAUACCACUGGACACAACUUUUCUUCAGGUAAUACCACUGGACACAACUUCUCUUCAGGUAAUACCACUGGACACAACUUCUCUUCAGGUAAUACUACUGGACACAACUUCUCUACAGGUAAUACCACUGGACACAACUUCUCUUCAGGUAAUCCCACUGGACACAACUUUUCUUCAGGUAAUACCACUGGACACAACUUUAUUUGA